AUGGCAGCACGUCAUCCAUUCCUGAGCCUGCAGCCUGAUGAGGUGCUGUUUACGAGCCAGACGAUUCGCAAAAAGUACCAAGGCAGAGACAUCUUGUUCCGAUCCAUCGGCAUCAAGGAGCCGCCCCGUGUGCAAUGCGUGGCUUUCAUCCAGGGCAAAGGCUCAGCCCCGCCGCGGAGGACGUAUGUCUCAUAUCAGAUCAAAGGGGAGCCCACUGUGUUUGAGGACAUCAUCGACCUCUCCACUGGAGACACCUUUCAGAGCCGCGAUUUGGGCACAACAUGCUACCCGCCGGCGACCAACUUCGACAUGUAUAGGCUGGAAGACAUCGUCAUGAACGACCCGCUUGUCCAGGCUGAGAUCGCCCGACUGAAGCUCCCAGAAGGCGCCGUUGUCCAACCCGAGCCUUGGCCCUACGGUACCGAGUCUGCCACACCCGAGAAGCGCCAGUACCAAGUGUGGAUGUUUCUCAAGUCUCUAGACCCGGCAGCCCGAGACCACCCAUCUUCAAACCAUUUCGCUCACCCUCUCGAUUUCUCCGUCGUGGUCGACGACCUCACCAUGAAGGUGAUCCGCAUCGACAGGCUGCCGAUGACGCCCGAGGAGAUUUAUGUUAAUGAGGAGGCGGCGGCGAAGCGGACAUGGCAGCGGAACCCAGAUGCAGAAUACGCAUCAGACUUGCAGCCCAAGCUGCGAGAUGACCUGAAGCCUAUUCACAUCAGCCAGCCAGAGGGUGUCAGCUUCAGCGUCUCCGAAGAUGAAGUCGUCGAGUGGCAGAAGUGGCGUUUCCAUGUGGACUUCAACUGGCGCGAGGGCGUGGUCCUGCGAGAUAUCACCUACGAUGGCCGGCCUACGUUCUACCGCCUGUCUCUUGCCGAGAUGACGGUGCCAUAUGGUGACCCCCGCGUGCCGUACCACCGAAAGAGUGCGUACGAUCUGGGGGAGGGGGGCGCUGGCUGUACAUCGAAUGAUCUCGAGUUGGGCUGUGAUUGCCUCGGUGCCAUCAGAUACUUCGACCGCUGGAUGAACGACCACGAGGGCAAGCCACUCACACUGAGAAAUGCUAUAUGUAUGCAUGAAGUGGAUAAUGGUAUCGGUUGGAAGCACACGAAUUACCGCACGGGCCGUGCUGAGGUGACCAGGAAUCGGGAGCUGGUGAUUCAAACAAUCAUGACCAUCUCGAAUUAUGAGUAUAUCCUGCAGUGGAUCUUUGACACAGCGGCGAAUAUUCACUACGAAGUUCGAGCCACAGGAAUCAUGUCCCUCGUACCAGCAGAUCAGAGCGUAGAGCAUGAUAUGAACUAUGGAAGUCUGGUGUCCCCAGGUGUCAUGGCCCCCAUACAUCAACACAUCUUUUGCCUACGUCUAGACCCUGCUAUCGAUUCCUACGACGAGAGCAAAAUCAUGUACGAAGACGUCAAGGCACAUGGCUGGAACGCAGCAGCCAAUCCCUAUGGCGUUGCCUUUGGUGUGGAGUCGACCGCCAUCGACCGAGAGUCAUUCCUUGACCUCGACGCAAAGCUGAACCGUGCCGUCAAGGUUGUCAAUCCCAACCGCAAGAACGCAGCGUCACACAAGCCCCCUGGCUACAAAGUUGCGGUUCCUCCAACGCAGCUGCAGCUGGCUGAUCCAGGCUCCAUGCACACCCUGCGCGCCGAGUUUGCAGACCAUCACUUCUACUUCACCAGGCACGAUGAGGAUGAGCUCUACCCGGCAGGCGAGUUUCCGUGGCAGCAUACCGGUGGGACUGGUGUGCGGACGUGGGCUGCGAGGAAGAGAGAACUUGGGCCUGGUGAGGGCGUGGUCUGGUGUACCUUCUCGUUCACGCAUGUGCCAAGACCAGAAGACUGGCCAGUGAUGCCGGUGGAGAUAUUCCGUGUAGGUUUGAAGCCGGUGAAUUUCUUCGAGAAGAACCCAGCGCUGGAUGUGCCGUCUUCCAAGCAAAGCGUGAACAAGAGUGUGGAGAUUUCGAGGUCACAGAGGGAACUGGACCUCAGGCAGAAAGAAUGCUGUGGCUGA